AUGGGUGCCGUCGUCUCUUGCAUCCAAAGCGUCUUCCACGCCAUCGGCUCGUGUCUCAUGGGCAUCGUGAACGCCAUCGGCUCCGUUCUCCACGCCAUCAUCAGCGGUAUCGUCACCGUCAUCGACGUGCUCAUCUCCUGUUUGACAUGCGGCUACUGCGGGAACCGUAAACGCAGAGGCACUAGGUCUGCCGUCUAA